GGGUCCUCCUUGAUCCCCUUUCUUUCCUGCUGCAGAUCUCUAACCAGACCUUUCCCCUUCAUUCCCUCUUCCGCUUCUCCAAUCCUUGCACGCCAUACCUCCCCCCUACGCCUACCACCAUGGAUCGCCAUCCACCAUUGCUCCUGUAAGCGCGCCUGAUUGUGGGCAGCGAUUACAAGAACCUGUUUUCCGCUGUUAUUGUGGUGAUCCCGCUUGGUCCGUAACCUCAGAGACACCCCGGAGUCCUGGCCGCAAAUUCUACAUGUGCCGCAAGGCAGGAUUCGAGAGGGGCUGCAAGCUUUGGAUUUGGGAGGAUAUACUUUUACGAUUUGUGGAUGAAAUGGUUUAGUACUGCAGCGCAUCAACGCAUGACUGCCUCCAUAUGAACAACUUUCCAUGGCUCAUGAAGCAUUGGUCGUGAAUGAGGAGAAGCUUGCUAGGGAGUAGGGUCUACCAAGAAGCUGAGGCUAUGGAGGCCAAAAUGCUGCUCAAACUCCAGGAGUUGGAAGUGAAGUUGCAAGAGUCCCAGGAAGCGAACCAUGCAGCGUAUUGGUCAGGAUUUGAAAUGUUUGACUUCAAGGAGAAGUGUGCUUAUAUAAUAGGCCACACAUUUGUGUUUCACCUAGAUACAUAUAAUAGGCCGCUAGAGAUUAUGACGACAACAAGUUCAUCAAUGUUUUCUCCAAGGAAUACAUGGAGCAUCCAGGGAAGGAGAAUGAAAGCUCCCACCACCCAAAACCUGUCACAUGAGUUCUCUUCAGAGGCCAGCGCAAAACAUUUGGUAUUUAAGGUCAUAGCAAUGGUCUACCAACUUCUCAGCAUGGCUGGGAAUGUGGGCAACAUACCUACCAGACUUGUUGAUUGACGUCUUGGAUAUUUGAAGAGAGUGGUCUCAUGUCGCCAAAGCUAAUCAAAACAUUUUGCAGAUUGCCUAGCAUUUAGUAGCACACCAUACCUAAACUGUUGAUUAGUACUUUUGGUGGAUUGUCAGUAACAUUGUUUUAUGCCUCUGAUGUGAACAUCAUCAUGAUUUGGUCAGGUCUGUUUUAAACAUUCUCUAUUGGCAUUUCUUGCCAAAACAAGGCAGUGGUUUGCUAUCAGCUUUGUUAAA